UCAGCAACGCUGUAGGCCUACCAGGCUACAUGCGCCAUGUGAUUCCCUCAUGCUGUGAUGGGAAUUUUCCACUAGAAAUGAAACCUAGAAUAGUAAUACGAACUGAAAGUAAAUACAUUAAAAGGCUAUUACGGGAAUAAUGCCAAUCAUGGCGUUUAAUAUCAAUUUUCACUGCAUGGGGCUUACGCAAUGCGUUCUCCUAAGUGUUUUUCCGGACCUAAAUGACUUAAACAGGCCCCAUUUAUAAAUAUGCUGGUGUCCGGAUGUGUGUUUCACCUUGACGGGUGACUGCUGCGGGUGCAGUUCCGUGCGCCUCCACUGCGCUCCAGAGCAUUUCCUCCAUGACUGUGCUCGUGUAGCGGCGGGGAGGGAUGUGUUGUAUCAUCCAGGCAGCCGGCACACGCUCCUAUCUUUCAGUCGGAAUCCUGCAGCCUCAUCAUGGCCCUCAACAUCCCCGGCGUGGCCGUUAUGAUGUUCUUCUACCUGCUGGUCCUGGGGAUCGGCAUCUGGGCUUCUUUCAAGUCCAAAAAGGAAGCCAAGAAGGGCCAGGGGAAUAAGACGGAGAUGGCUCUGCUGGGCAACCGGGGCAUCAACCUGGUGGUCGGCAUCUUCACCAUGACAGCUACAUGGGUCGGAGGUGGAUUCAUCGUGGGCACAGCAGAGGCGGUGUACAACCCCUCCAUGGGGCUGAUCUGGGCCGUGAUGCCGAUCGCAGCAACCAUGUGUUUCAUCAUCGGUGGCCUGUUCUUCGCCGAACCGAUGAGAAACAAUAAAUAUGUGACCAUGAUGGAUCCAUUCCAGAUCAAAUAUGGAAAAGUACCGACGGCCGCUCUGUGUCUGGCUUCGCUCAUAUCAGAGAUUAUGUGGGUAACAGGAACACUCAUAGGAUUAGGUGUAACCAUGAGUGUGAUCCUAAAUUUGUCCUACACUGUGAGCAUCUGGAUCUCAGCUGCUGUGGCCAUCACCUACACCCUGAUGGGAGGUCUCUACUCUGUGGCCUACACAGAUAUUAUACAGCUCAUCCUCAUUUUCAUCAGCUUGUGGCUGUGCGUUCCCUUCGCUCUGAUGGGCCCCGCGGUGCUGGACAUCACUGAGACAGCCUACAACUACACCUACCAGUCUCCAUGGGUCGGCACCCUGGAGGCGGACAGAGCCUGGAGGUGGAUCGAUAACUUUCUACUUCUGGGUUUGGGGAACUUGGGUCUGCAGAACUUCCACCAGAGGACGCUGUCUGCCGCCUCCUCAUCCACAGCCAAGAUCACCUGCUUUGCUGCUGCGUUCAUCGUCCCCACAUUAGGCAUCCCUCCCAUCCUGCUCGGAGCAGUGGCUGCAUCGACAAACUGGAACUUGACUUCUUAUGGUUCUCCGUCUCCAUAUGAGCGUGGGGAGACGGGACUGGUCCUGCCCAUCGUCCUGCAGCACCUCACCCCAACCUACAUCUCCAUCAUCGGUAUCGGGGCGGUGGCCGCCGCUGUGAUGUCCUCCACCGACUCCGCCUUACUGUCUGCAGCCUCCAUCUUCACCGCCAACAUCUAUAAGACCAUCCUGAGGCCACAGGCGUCAGACACAGAGAUCGAGUGGGUGAUCCGGAUCUCAGUGGUGUUUGUGGGCUUGGCUGGCACGUCUCUCACCUUCCUGGACAACAGCGUCCUGAUGAUCUGGAUGCUCCGCUCCGACCUCACCUACACCCUCAUGCUGCCGCAGCUCGUCUGCGUCCUCUUCUUCAGCAUCUCCAACGGUUACGGCGCCGUGCUGGGCUGCGUGGUGGGCAUGCUGCUGCGGGUGUUGUGCGGGGAGCCGCUGCUUGGGAUUCCGGCUAUUAUCAAAUUCCCGGGAUGCACUUUUGAAAAUGGUGUAUACAUCCAGCGCUCCCCAAUCAGGACCAUCUGCAUGCUGUCUGCCGUGGCGGCCAUCUUGCUGUUCUCCUACCUGGCGUCUGUGCUCUUCAACAGAGGCCUGAUUCCUGAGAAGUUUGAUGUUUUUGAUGUAAAAGCUCAGUACUCGAUACAAACACAAGAUCCCAUCGAACCCGACACCAAGGAGGAGAACUUAAAAGAACAAAACGAGAACAAUGAAGUGUGUGAACCUAUGUUAGAAUCAAACUGUUAAGAAAGAAAGAACGCUCAUUUAAAAUAAUUUUUUUUAUACAUUUUCCAUCCGUAUGGACUGGUUUAGGAACAAAUAUAUGUAAUGUGUAAUGGCAUAAUUUUAAAAUUACAAUAUAUUUUGAAUUUUUGUAUACUUUUAUAAACAGCAUAAAUUUUAAAAAAGCAAAAAAAAGUCACACUUAUGCUCUUUGUUAUUAUAAGAGCUUUAUUAUAAGAUGCUAGACCCCCUGGGCACAAACACGUAAAACACCCCCCGCCACAACCUGACCAGAAACACAACGCUUCCGGUUGUUUCAUGUCUUUUUGAGCAACAUUUUAGAGGUUGUGUUUUUAGUUGUAGCUGAUAGAGUAGAUUGUAAAAGAAAAAAUUAAAGGGAACCUGUGGAGAAGCUUAUAAUCUCCUUAAAGCAGAGCUGCCCAGCUGUCAAACAUACAAACUUUGAUGUGGGCUUAAUGCACCCUCUGGUAUGUGCUGUUCUGCUUUAUUAUUUUGGAAAAAAAAAAAUCUAAAAUACAAAGAAAUAUCAGGCCAGUAUUGGUUUUGGCUAGUACUCAAUAUUAAAAAAAACUUGGACUGAGAUCAGUACCUAAAAAAACAUAAAUAAGACGUCCCUGCAUUUGACUGAGCUGUUUAAAUUUCCAAAGACAAAUAUUAAUAAAAGUCACUUAAUACGGAGACUCAGUGACCUCUCCGGGCCCCGGGGUUGUGCCUGCUGCUCGGCUCAUGAGAUAAUCCCUCCAAGCUUUAAAAGGUAAUUUUAUAUUUGAUCCCACGCCAUUCUUCCUCUUGAUCCAAGUCCAGAUUGUAUUGCAGGCUUUAGCAUUUAAAAACAAUGACUGUCAACAGAAAAAGGAUUGUUAAUGCUGAUACGAAAAGCAUGAGCAGCGGUUCAAUGCCGCCGCUGUCGAGUGAAUCCAGAGAGCAAAGCAGCAGGGUAGCUUUACCAACUGAAUGAGGUCAACCGAUUUAAUUAUGCUGUACUCAGAGUCCAGCAAAACAGAUUACAUGGAAGCAAAGGGGCUUCGGUGACCUGACAUUUCUAAUUUGAUAAGUUCAUUUAAUACAAACCUUCCCAUUCUUUUCUUUACACUUGCAUAUUAUUUAAGGUUUCUUGUCAGGCUGUGGUUAAUGUAGUUUCCCGCACUCGAAACAACACCGACAAAGUGACAUGUUUUUUUUUUUUACAUCACUUCUGAAUGAUUAAACACCAUAUAAAUGAUCACAAAUAAAUAAAUCAUAUAAAAUCACUGUGUAAAGAAGAGCCGGUGGGCCUCUCCUCACACCUCCCCUGAGUUUACGUGCUUUGUUUCACUUGAUUCCUGGAAGCCUACGGGAUCAUGAUUGUCUUGUUUGAUCCUAUAGAUGCUUAACAAUUGAGCCAGGAGAGCCUAAUAUUGCUGUUAGAAAUAACUUUUUGCACUUAUUAGUUUCUGACUUUGGGAAAGUUGGAAAAGACAGUAAAACACCCCAACCUAUGAACCAUCUUUUAAACCAAAUCACACACAUUUAGGAUUUUCUCUGUGGUAUUCUUUUGAUGUCAUUGAACGAAUGUAAUAAUGAAUGUAAUUUUUUUUUUCCAGUUCCAUUCACUGACCCUCCUCUUAUUCUGUUCAGAGACCCCCCUCCCUCCUCGGUGUAGAGCAUCAUCAACCAAAUGUCUUAAAUAUUACAAAGGGAAGUUCUGGUAUUUGUUAAAUCGGAAGAAGCAAGAGCCAUACAUCUCUCUCCUUUAUGUUUAAAUUCAACACAAAUCAUGCCAAACACAAACAGGGGACCACUUGUGCUCCCAUCUCUGAUCAAUAGCAUUCGUGCUAAAGUCUGCCUCUCCCAAAACUCUACAGUGGAGAAGAAAAUGUUGAUGAUGGAAACAAAUUGAGGUUGGCUU